UCUCUCUCUCUCUCUCUCUCUCUCUCUCGCUCUCUCUCUCUCUCUCUCUCUCUCUCUCUCUCUCUCUCUCUCUCUCUCUCUCUCUCUCUCUCUCUCUCUCUCUCUUCCUCUCUCUCUCUCUCUCACUCUCUCUCUCUCUCUCUCUCUCUCUCUCUGUCUGUGUGACUACAGAGACCAGAGAGGGAGGACCGCACGGUCAGAGUCCCGCUCCGCCACAUCAACGCCGGACUGACACCUUCCAGAGUCGAGGGACCCUUCCUGUGUCAGAGGGAGGGAGGGAGGCAGAGCCCGGAUUCCUGUUCAGGCUGGUGGGCAGUGGGUGGAACACACCUGAUUCAACAUUCACCGCGACUGGAACUGUUUUAGAGAAAGGGCUAUUUUCUUCUCUCUUCCUUUGGACGUUUAUGGUGCUGCCGACUGGAUGGACUCAGUCCUGACCCCCUGACUGUUUGUGGUGUGACAGUGCAGAUCGUGUGUGUGUGUGUGUGUUUAAGAAUGGUGGGGUGUAAGAGGAGUGUGUAUUGGACUCUGGUGCUGCUACACGUCCUCCAGAGCCCAGCGCAAACCUCCCAGAACAUCUUUCCCAGGAUACGACUCUCCCACAAAGAGCUAUGGGAGCUGAACAGGACGUGGGUGUUCCAGGGGCCCGGGUCCUCCCUGCAGCCCAAGACCAUGCUGCUAGACGAGGGCCACGAGAGGCUGUAUGUAGGGGCCAAGAACACCCUCUACUCCCUCAGCCUGGAGAGGGUUGACUCACACCACAGAGAGAUCCAGUGGGCCAGCACAGAGAUCCAGGUAGAGGACUGUCUGAUGAAAGGCAGAGAGAAGCCUGAGUGUGCUAACUACAUCAAGGUUCUGCAGCAGUUCAACCACACCCACUUGCUGGCGUGUGGGACUGGAGCGUUUAACCCUCUGUGUGCCUUCGUCAACGUAGGGCACGUCGGUCAGGACAGGCAGUUUGGUCUGGAGGACAGCAGCGUCGAGAGUGGAAGAGGACGUUGUCCGUAUGACCCCAACAGCCCGUGUAUCUCCACCUUCUCCAAUGGGGAGCUGUACAUGGGCCUGUACACAGACUACUGGGAGAACGACGGGGCCUUGUGUCGCCUCAACAACCAGAGCUACACGCGCACGGAGAGGGACGACCGGCAGCAGCUCAACGAGCCUAAGUUCGUAGGUUCGGCUGUCAUCCCGGACAACGACGAUCGGGAUGACGAUAAGGUGUAUUUCUUCUUCACCGAACGGGGGAUGAAUGCCGAGGGAGUCAACAAGGCUGUGUACACCCGUGUUGGUAGAGUGUGUGCGAAUGACCAGGGGGGUCAAAGGAUGCUGGUGAACCGCUGGAGCUCCUUCCUCAAGACCCGCCUCCUCUGCUCCGUGGCUGGGCUUAACGGCAUCGACACACACUUCGACGAGCUGGAGGAUGUGUUUGUGUUGGAGACCAAAGAUAAGAAGAAUCCGGAGAUAUUUGGCCUCUUCAGCACCACUAGUGCUGUGUUUAAGGGCUACGCGGUGUGCGUGUACCACAUGGAUGACAUCAGGGCAGCGUUCAACGGCCCGUUUGCCCACCGGGAGAGACCGGAGCACCACUGGACCCCCUACGAGGACCGGGUCCCCUACCCCCGCCCAGGAUCUUGUGCCAGCAAGGUGAACGGAGGAGGGUUCUCCACUUCCAAGGAGUUCCCAGAUGAGGUUCUGCGUUUCGUGCGCUCCCACCCCGUGAUGUACCGGCCGGUCCUCCCGCUCCAUCGCCGGCCGGUUCUGCUGCAGACGGAAGCAGGGGGCAGGAGGCUGACCCAGAUCGCCGUGGACCGGGUGCAGGCCCAGGACGGGCACUACCACGUGCUCUACAUCGGCACAGGAGACUCUGUGGUGCUGAAAGUGAUCCCCAUCUACAACUCCGACACGGACAGCGUGGAGGAGGUGCUGCUGGAGGAGCUGCAGGUGUUCAAGGUUCCCGUGCCAAUAACUGAGAUGAUAAUAUCAGCCAAACGGCAACAGCUGUACGUGGGCUCCGAGGUGGGUGUGGCCCAGGUGAAGCUGCAUCAGUGUGAUCUGUACGGGUCAGAGUGCGCUGACUGCUGCCUGGCUCGUGAUCCCUACUGUGCCUGGGAUGGUCUCACCUGCACCAGAUACUACCCUGCUGGAGUCUAUACCAAGAGUAGACGAUUCAGGCGCCAGGAUGUUCGCCAUGGCAACGCAGUCCAGCUGUGCAAUGGGCUUCAGAUUGAUGAGGAGCAGUGGCAGAAGGCACAGGAGAGGCUGGUGUUCGGGGUAGAGAGUAACAGUACUCUGUUGGAGUGCACACCCCGCUCACUGCAGGCCAGAGUUCUCUGGUUCAUACAGAGAGGACCGGACAGAGAAGAGGUCCGACCCGACGAGCGCGUGGUGGCGACCUCCCACGGCCUGCUGUUCCUGCGCGUGCGGGCCACAGACGCCGGCGAGUACGUGUGCCAGACGGUGGAGCACGGCUACGUGCACACGCUGCUGCGUGUGGCCCUCCGCGUGCUGCCAGGGGACAGGGUGGGCGCCAUGCUGCGGAGGGACGCGCAGGCGAGGGAGGGAGAGGAGGAAGGAGACGCCGGGGACACCCCCUGUCAGCCCUCCCCGGCCGGCCCUCCCGGCCCCGGCGAGAGCCCCGGCUCCAGGGUCCCGGGGGCCCCUCCCGCCCCAGGCCCGGGCCCUCACUCCAAGCUGUGGUACAAGGAGUUCCUCCAGCUCAUCGGCUAUGGAGACGCCCAGCGGGUGGAGGAGUACUGCGAGAGGGUGUGGUGCUCUGACAAGAAGCGCAGGAAGAGCAAGGCGCCACAAGCCAAGCGGCGGUACGCCUCCCCGGGGGGGGAGAAAAAGGCUCGGGCGAGGGGGGAGCCAUCCCACAGAGCCCCCCGACACACCCUGGACACCUGAGGGGAGAGGAGAGAGCAGAGAGACGGCACAACACCCACUAUAGGUCACACUCACUCAGGGUUAGCAGCAACUGAAAGGUCUGCGACUGCCUCUUCAAGCGGAGCAGACACACAAAAAACACACACGCAACCCUUCUCACUAACACAUCGGAACAGGGUUUUUACCUUGCUGCGUUCUGAGCUGUAAUAGUCCCCCUCCUCUGCAGACCUAUCCCCUGGUGCUAGCUCUCAGUAGAGGACCUGACCUUCAGCGCGUGGAGGAGAUGAACUGUGGAAGAACGACAUUGACUCUGACCUGGAGAGACAGAACAGGCCUUGGCUCCCCCAGACUACAAACACACAUACACACACACACACACAUACAGGACACUCCAACAGACACCUGUUCAAUUCAGAACAAAGAUAAAACUGACUAGGCUUGAGAAUCACAUCAUGAAUCUUCGAUGUUAACAGGUAGUGGUCAUUUCUCCUCUGUACAACUAGCUAAAUUAUUUCUUAGUGAUAGGUUUCUGACUUGUGUUUGGUAACUGUUUAGAUUUCAACUAUUAAAACUGGAACUGUGACACUGUGUUUCCCUUACUCUCAUAGCUGGAUCCAUAUUGUAAAUUGUUACAAUAGAAUAGAUAGUCAUACUGUAGAAUGCCUAUGUUUGCAAAGUAAAUACGUUGUGUCAUUUUAGAAAAUCUGCGAGUCAAUGAUGUGUACAAAAGCUUAAAUAAGCCUAACCUGACCUCACAUUACAGCAACAGUACCACUUCAAAACUGCAUUGUGUGUGGUUGUGGUCCACUUGUGGCAAACCUUAGCAAACGACUAACCUAUUUGAAGUCCCAUGUCCACUGACGGCACUUGAAAAGUCCAGUAGACAGAAAUUGUUCAUAUUCUAUGUAAACAUGUCUAAACUGUAUCAAUCACAGCAUGUGUGGUUUUAUAAAUGUGCUGGCUGUAGUGUAUGUACUAUUAAAGUGCCACCUGCAGGAGCUCUGUAUGCAGGGCAGACAGUGUGUAUCAGUCUAGUACAUGUAUCACCUCUAUAUUCAUCUUUCAUCGUGUGACAGAGGCGGCUGGUUAGUAUUCCUGUUUGAACCUACCCUGCUCUCUCUUUCUCUCCCUCAGUCUCCCUCUCUAUCUUUGUCUAUGUGUCUCAUCUUUCUCUCUCUGGCUUUCUCUCCCUCUCCCUAUCUUUCUCUCACACACUCUCUCUUUCUCUCUCACUCUCUUGCUUUCUCACUCUGCCACGCUGUUUCUCGCUCGUGGUCUCCCUCUCCGUUUCUCUCUCUCUCUCUCUCUCUCUCUCUCUCUCUCUCUCUCUCUCUCUCUCUCUCUCUCUCUAAUGAUGCCGCAGAUGGAGUUCAUAAUUACCUUCCUUGACACCAAUCUAAGGCACCACAUUUCUCUGGGAAAGAAGGAGGGAACGUUUCAAAGCCCACCCGAGCGUGUCAUUGGCUGGAACGUGGAGUCAGCCUCAUGAAUAUUAAAGGGAGACAACAGCAUCCCAAUCUGACAAGGAAGCAAAAUACAUCCUUUUAAUUCAGUCUUGCGUGGAUACGGGUGUUAUAUUUUGCCGGCGCCCAUUUGUUCUCCUUUUCGUUUGACGUUGUUCCCUUUAUUGUCCUAUGUAGCAUGUUUAGUGGUUUCGGAUCUGACCCACUUCAAAUGUUCCUCAGGUGUAUUAUGUAUGAGUAUCUUGGAGAGAAUAUUUAGCACUCCUGAGAACCCUGAACUACUAACCCCCCUUGGUUGUCCUCCCUCUGGGAUAGUCAAAAGUGGAACUGUUGUCUCCCCACCUCUCGCCAAUACCUGUCAUUCAAAAGAUGUAUUGUCUCUC